GGGCGGGUAGUUUCGCGCGGCAUAGCGCGGCUUGUCUUCGUGGUGUUUGCGGGCAUGGUCGGGCACGGGUGCGACGACGUCGGCGCGUCUUAGCACACUCACACAAUUCUAUAUACAUAUGUAUAUAUGUAUAUACAUAGAGGAAAGAGAAAGAGACACACAGAGAGGCGGAUCGCUCGUGGGACCCGGAAGGAACGAGGAAGCGAUCCGGUGGGAUUAUAUUGAGAGAGAUCGAGAGCGGUUGUGAGUCACGCGCCAACGUCGGCGACGGCGGAGACGACGGGAGUAUACUAUCUCUCUCCCCCUCGUUUGUUUAUCUAUCGAUUUCACUCGUGUAUCAGAAAGCGCCGGUGCUACCGGACGCCCGGUGGGCUCUUGCUCCGAUAGGAAGUGGCCUUGCCCACGCGCCGGCUCCGCGACGCGACCGAGGGCUCACUCGACAUUUGACAGCUCCGUGCUGGCCGGGGCGCCGAGUUCCGUGCCCGCAGGACGACGACGACGACGCCGCGGCGGCGUCGCCUCCUCCACGUACGCUUCCUCGCUAGACGGCUCGGGGAAAAUUGGCGAAAGGUAUAUAGCCAGUCUAGAAUUGCGAGACGCCGAUCUCUGAGAAACACCAAGGAUGAACAAGGUGGACUACAUGGAGGUGAGCCUCCCGAAUUAUUCCUACAUUUUUAAUUUCGAAGAGACGUUCAGCCACCACGAGACCAAGCAAUGGAUGGUGAAGAACUGGACGAACGGCUUUUACUACUGCGGACUGUACAUGAUACUAAUAUUCGGCGGACAGCACUACAUGGCCAGCAGGCCCAGAUUCGAACUCAGGGGAAUACUGUGUCUUUGGAAUACGCUAUUGGCUAGCUUUUCUAUCAUCGGCUUCACCAGAACGGCGCCCGAGUUGAUACACGUUCUCAGGCAUCACGGGCUGCUCCACAGCAUUUGUAUACCAAGUUUUAUCGAGCAGGAUGUCGUGUCGGGCUUCUGGACGUGGAUGUUCGUGCUAUCGAAACUACCCGAGCUCGGUGACACGAUCUUCAUCGUGCUACGCAAACAGCCGUUGAUCUUCCUGCACUGGUAUCACCACAUUACCGUCUUGCUAUACUCCUGGUUCUCGUAUUCGGAGUAUACCGCGUCCGCGCGAUGGUACGUCGUGAUGAACUAUUGUGUCCACUCGAUCAUGUAUAGCUACUACGCUCUCAAGGCGAUGCGAUACAGGCCACCCAAAGCGAUCUCUAUGGUGAUCACUACGCUGCAGCUUCUCCAGAUGGUGAUCGGUUGCCUUAUCAACAUAUCCGCGUACCAGUACCUAGAGAGUGGCAAUGUCUGCAACAUCACUCGCAGGAAUAUUCAUUUUAGCUUCGCGAUGUACUUGAGCUAUUUUGUCCUAUUCGCGCAAUUCUUCCAUAAGACGUACCUGGCUGGAAAGAAGACCGACAAGAAGCACUUUGCCAAUAGCGCACCUGGUCGCAUCGGCUAUAACGACAAGCUCAAAGCCAACUAAGGCGGUACUUGGCACACUAGAGCACCUGGGCGCUCAUUUUUCAAUCUUUCCCCAAUUGUCUUUUUCUCCAUCCUUCUUUUUCCCUCUUUCUCUCUCUCUCUCUCUCUAUUUCUUUCUCACGCCGCUGGUCGACGUAGCCAUACAUCCAGGAUCUAUUUAUACUAGGAUAUAUUAGGGUCUAAACGGCUUCUAGGAUUCACGUGUUCGGUGAUUACUAUCGCUAAACUUAAAGUUUUACGACUGUGAUGCGAUUUUUUAAUGAUUAUUUCCGCUUUAUUUUCUUACUUUAAAAUGAUUUUGUUAAAUAAUUAUGCAUUAAGAUUUUCAUUCAAUUUAUGUGAAUAUGUAUAUUUUUUUAAUUGAUUGUGAAUAUAAUACUGUAAAUUUGAAUGUAUAUAUAUAUUUUUUUUAAACGUAACCUUUGGGCGCUUUACGUUAAUUUCAUUAAUAAUAAAUAUUGUUAUUUAUUUUCGAUAACAUCUUUUUGAGAUGGGAGAUACUAGUUUCAGGCCUCUGGAAACGUGUGAACCCAUGUAGACAUGUAGACCCGUCACUGCGUUGAAUUCUAAGAUAUGAAAUUAUUAUGUUCAUUAAGGACGUUGAAAUGUAAAGUUAUAGGUAUAUAUAGCCUAAGGUACACGGAACAGCUCUAAAUUUUUAGAAUUUGUAAAUACGUCUGACAAGGAUUUAGAUUAAUAGAGUUCGUAUAUAGGAUUUCGUACCAUCCUAGGAACCAUCGAAUCUUAAGUCCACGAGUCCUAGGAAUCAUAUUUCUUAAACACUUUUUAGAUUCUAGGAGCCGUACGUCCUAAAAAAUUGUAGAUCUUGGGUGCGAUGUUUCUCAGGAUCCUUACAUCCUAGAACGUGUAAGACAGGACUUGUGGAGCACAGAGUCUGUCAAUCCUCGAGCCCAUAGAUUCUAAGGUAUAUUUAAGAUGCGUAUUUCUCAGGAUUCUUGUAAGAUCCUAAGAUCUACCAAUAGGAUUCGUGAAACAAUGAAUUGAAUAAAUUUUCGAAUCUACAAC